UUGUUUGCAUAGAAGAAUUUGAAUGGAAACGCGAUUACGAAUUAGAUGACCGCACUGUGACGUCACAUGUGAUGUCAUGCCAUGACGUCACUACCCUGACGGAGUGUCUAAAGGAAUGCUCCAGCGAGAAGCUGUGUAACAGCGUGUUCGUGUACAAGCCCAGCAUGGUCUGCUGUCUGAACAAGAUGCGGGUGUACACGUCGUCCGACUCCCAAGCCGCACCCGGGCACGUGCAUUACGUGUCUGCGUGGGUAGCCAAGAAGAAGACAAUGAUGUCAUCUGCGACAGCAGCAUCUGAAAUUACAACAGAAACUGCAGCGGAAACAACUAUAACUACUACAGAAGAAGAGACCUCCACGCAGGAGGUGGUCACAACGGAAACUACAGCAACAACAUCCACUCCUACGACUACUAUUACAACGGAAACAACAACAAUGUCUGCGACAACUGCAUCUACUACUACAGCCGAGGCUACGGCCGUGGUGUUAUCUACCGGGUUUACCUACGUCCCAAGUCUCCAUUUGACUUUCAAAGCUAGCAGCCCGGUGACAAAUGGGAAGGAUGCUCAACGGUUGUGUGCGGGCCAAAAUGGUCAUCUGAUUUACCUGAAAACUGCGGCCAGGCGGACCUUCAUCACGGAGUACCUGAGUAAUACGGGUAUAUCUGAGUUCUACAUCGGUGCCUACAUGGUGGAUGCCUUAACAGCGACGUGGUCUGACGGAACUCCGGUCGUGAACCCACCCUGGGCGCCGUCUGAACCUCACCAAGACGCCAAGUGUAUCUCCAUGAUCAUACCGUCCGGUGAAUGGAAGGAUGUUGCCUGCACUCAAAUCAUGCAUUACAUCUGCGAAAUAUAAUAGUCUUGGUUCCAUGUGCAAUGGAAUAAACAGGAAUACAAUCGAAUACAGUGGAAUACACGGGAAUACAAUGGAAUAAACAGGAAUACAAUUGAAUCAACAGGAAUACAAUGGAAUACACGGGAAUACCAUGGAAUAAACAGGAAUACAAUAAAAUACGUCGGAAUGCAGUGGAAUAAGUAGGAAUACAAUGGAAUAAUCGGGAAUACAAUGGAAUAAACAGGAAUACAUUGGAAUACACAGGCAAACAAUGGAAUACACAGGCAUACAAUGGAAUAAACAGGAAUACAAUUGGAUACACUGGCAUACAGUGGAGUACAAUGGAAUACAAUGUUACUUGCUACCUGUGUAUCAUGUGACUUAAUAUGUGCACCAGCUUGUUUAAAUUACAUUAACAUUAUGCCCCCGUAGUGCAUACGUGGGGCGGUCGGGUAGCCUAGUGGUUAAAGACCCGGGUUCGAUUCCCGACAUGGGUACAAUGUGUGAAGCCCUUUUGUG